GGCUAGCUGCAGCCUCCUCCCACUCCCUUUUUCUUCUAAAAACCAUACUGGUUUCCAAUAAGUGCGAAGUCUCGGGACAAAGAUUUCCCAGUUUAAAUCACCAUUAAUGAUUUCUUGUAGAAAUUGGAGUUUCUUGUUCCCCCUUCUGAAGAAGCUUAAACCCAUUAAUAAUAAUUGCUUGACCUGAGCAGCGCCUGUGCCUACGAUGUCGUUCCACUCUUCUGGUUUUUGCAUCGCUCCGCUUCUUGCUUUCAUUGGAGGCUGCUUUGGUAUUUGUGCCAAAUCUAUGGAAGACUCUCCUUCAUCAAAUGCAUUGGGAACGAAUGGGCAGUCGUUGAUGAAAACAAGCAUAUCUGAUGGUUUUUGGAGUACUAGCACCCAUGACUUGGAGAACAUUAUUAAACUUAUGCCUCCGGGAAGUACUAGCAGCAGCCAUGAUGAUGAGUUUGUAAAUCAGGGUUAUCUAAAAUGGCAACAGAAUAGGCUUCAGUGGCUGGGAUGUGAAAAGCCCAAGAAAAAGAGAAGUUCAUGGAAACCAACACUAAAUAGCUGGGAUGCUUCCUACGAAUGCGCAAUGGAGACGAACAAGCCUUUCCAUUGCCCGGUACCCCUCUCGGAGUUGGUUGACCUUCUUGUGGAUACAUGGGAGGAAGAUGGAUUGUAUGACUUACAAAGCUGAGUUAAUUUGAUGUCCAAUUAUGCAGCUCAAAGGAGCCAAUUUUUCUGCCCUUUUUCUUGUUGUGCAAACUGGAAGGGACACAAGAAUUAGAUUUGUAUGAGUUGUGUAUAAUUUGGCCCUUGUAGAUUAUUAUAUUUAACCCAAUAUAGGACUCUUCUUGGU